AUCACGGCUUGCAUGUAAAAGCUGGCCUCCAAAUACAUUGUGCCCUAGAGCCAUAGGUUUACCAUCAGCACUGUACGUUUAGCUUUAAUUGAAUAACAGUCAAACGAUUGUUCCAGAAUAGUUCUAUACUUACGGCAACCAUGUUCAGAGCACGAGUGUUGAUUAGAUGCAUUGGACAUAUCAGAACUGCCUCCAUGACCCACCAACAGUUCCAGCAUGUUCACCCCACCAUGAAUAGACUGAUAACAACACUUGCGUGGCCUGAACUAUCGAGAAAUUUCCACACUACUCCUGUGCCUAUGAAAAAGAUGGAUCCAGCAUUGUACCAGAAAGUCUCAGUUUUUGAUGUACAUGGACACUUUGUGACUGAUGUCGAGCUCUUGGUUAUACAACAUUUUUGUCGUAAAUACAAUAGGUUUACCUUUGAAGAAAUUCCUGAAGAAGAACAUUUAAAGAUGCCAGAACCUCACGAAAAGUUGAAACGAUACAGAAUAAAGGAAAAAGAAACAAAGAAAAGCCAAACAGAAAAACAUGUCAAAACCGUUAAAUUUGGAAAGAAAGGAGUCCGGGAAGACCCAAAGUUAAAUAAAGUCACAGAAUGUCUUGUGAAUCAUGGUGCCGUCAACAUCGAGUUUUUAAAGUCUGCUCCUGGUCUUAAUGAGGUUCUGAGGAUGUUUGGUGAGUCAAGGAUAGACCCUGAAGCCAGCCAGGACAAGACGGUCAUGAAUGUUUCUGCCAAACCCUUAAAUGCUGAAUCGUUUAAAAUAUUACUGAAGGACAUUCAUGAUCAUGAGAGUGCUCAUAUCAAAUCUGUGUUAGAAUUAUUAGACUUACAGAAGUCUUGAACAAAAUUGGAUAGUAUUUCAAGUGUUACAUUAUAGACUGUGUAAUUCUGAUAAUAACAUGUGUUUUGAUUGCAGUUAUUACUUACCAGUAUAUACAACCUACAUUAUUGAACGAGGCACACACAGCAAUCACCAGCUGCCAGACUGUGAAUUUGAUAUGCUAGGAGAGAGCUUUAUCCAAUAGUAUGACACCAGUCCGUUCCUCAUGUUUUCGUGUAUUUAAAAUUUAAAGUAUCUAUGAAAAUAACAAGCAUUGAUGCUCUGAAAAUGAUUUUUUUUACCUAUA